AAGGGCACGGUAGGCGUUAUUGGGCAUGGCGUGCUCUGUUCGGUAGAGGUUAUCGCCACUUGUGACACCGGAAGCUGCAGCGUUGGGCGAUAUGAACAGUGUGGGGGAGGAUUGCACCGAUAUGAAGCGCGAGUAUGACCAGUGCUUCAAUCGCUGGUUCGCGGAGAAGUUCCUGAAGGGGGAGGGCAGCGGAGACCCGUGCACCGAGCUCUUCCGGCGGUACCGCAGUUGUGUGCAGAAAGCUAUCAAGGACAAGGACAUCCCUGUGGACGGAAUAGAGUUCAUGGAACCUAAUAAAGACAAGCCAAAUUCGAAUGCGGAUUCUUGACCCAGUGUGGGCCCUGCAAUAAAGGGGCCCCCAAUGUCACACUUUCCCCAUACUAAUUUAAAUAGGAAAUGCAAUGUACAGCCGGGGUGGACCAGUUAUACUGAUAUCUUACAGCCAUGAGCUGUAAGAAUAUUUAUACAAGAAUUUC